AUGACCGACCGAACGUUCGGUCAGUGUUCGGCACAGUCCCGAAACCGUUCAGGUGCUAUAAUCUCACACUCCCCGAUUGCUUCUCACUCCAGCACCCCUGCAAUAGAGGUUGUUUUAGUGUUGUGCUCAGCACUUAGAGCCACCUCUAGCGUAUCAGCGGCUAGUAAUUUGCAUUAUUUGUCGUGA